UCCGUUGUUACCGUUCUCUUGGAGGAUCUACUUGACUUAUUGCAACGCUACGGCCAUUUUCGCCACCAUGCCUGCCUACUCCAGACCGGCCACCGGCGCACCUCCAGCGGAAAAAGUAUCACGGAAAUUUCCUAAACAUGCACCAAGUACAGCUAUCAUUGGAAAUUCACAAACGAGAUACCUUCAUCGACACUUCAACCCCUACGACAAGUCAACACCGGUAUUCAUAACGAUCCGCGGAGCAUCCACUUUCGAUAUUGAAGAUGAGCUGGCAAAUGUGCCACGCUCAGUAACCACGCUCGUUUUCCACGUGGGGACGAGCGAAUUGGAACUGUACGGGCCGGAUGAGUCCCUUCGCCGCCUUCGCCGCCUGGUAAAUAACACUCUUCAAAGACGCCCGGAACUUGACAGACUAAUUGUCUCAUGUGUGCCACCACGAUCCACCAACAGGCGCCUACAACGUUCCAACGAGAAAUUCGUCCACCGCUUCAACAGGGAAGCUCGUCACUUUAAUGAGACAAUCAAGACGUACUGCCGGAAACCGGGCAAGGUGUCAUACAUCGACUAUGAAUUCGACCAACUGCCAGCCAGACGUUUCCUUGCUGCGGACGGACUACAUCCGAGCUUCAUGGGGGUAGCACUCAUUGCUCAAACGCUGAAAGGGGCAAUAUAUCGCGGGAACCUCGAGCCUGCCGCGGGGUGGUCAUCCCAACCUACCACUCCCAUCCAAAUGCGAACAGAAGAAUAUCACCAGGGAACCAGAAGUCACCAACACGUUCCCGGAGCACUGCAGACCUCUGACACCACGACAGAGUUCCCAACGAUCGUUGAAAGUAUAACACCUCGACGCCCGAUACAGCCCACCGUCAUCGACAGCAGUACCGCACCUUCCCAAGAGGUGAAACCUGCCGACCAACAGAGGCGUGUUGCUCUAUUGCCGACCCCACCCAAAGAAACAUCGAGCAACACGGACAUCCUGCCCUCAACGCUCGCUCGGAGCUCAACGCCUGCCAGCAGCUCGACGCCCGGAUCAUCCUUUCAACGACGAAGGCCUACACAAAUACUGGAGACUGCAAUGAUUACAGUGAAGUUUGUGCACCCGGGAACUACAGCAGAGUCGUUCCAGGUAAAGCCCGAGGCUAGCCAAGGUGUACGACCAUCCCUUCCUCGCCACAGCGAGAUAACGGCGUGCAAGGGAGCGUCGCUCCCCUUCUCUAAGCCGGGCAAAAACAGCAUCCUCAAUCGUUGUGAAGUCGGCACCAACAAUUUGUCACAGAUCUUGGCUGAGGAGGCCUUUAAGCAGUCCUCGACUUUUUUGGACAACAUCUCGCAUGAGUGCGCCAACAUCAGGACGGUUGACUUUCUCUAUGCCUUUCCAAACAAGAACAUCGGGGCCUUCCGUCUUGAAGUUUGUCUUGGCUUUUGCAACAUAACAUUUAACAUCACUCCACACGAGCUCAACUGGGUUGAACUCACAGUGGUAUGGCAACAAUCGUAUGACGGUGUGACCAGCAUCAUCAGCAAUGCACUCGAUGCGAUACCUAUUAUCCCCCGUACUUACGGCUUGAACAAGCUUGAUCAGUUCUGCCUUCACGAUGUCACUGUUCCAGGACACACCCUUUAG